AUAAAUUAACUGAAUACCAAAGUGAUCUUUGGUAUGCUCUUGUUCAAUGACACUUGAGAUCAUUCUCAUCGUUGGAAUUGGAGUGUAGGCAAGUUUUUGUGGAGGAAGUGAGUGAGAAAUGGGUUCUGUUGGAGGGGAAGAGGCAAUUCAAGACCCUAUAGGCCGUGAGGAGAGAAUUCUUGUCUCUGUUCGUCUUCGUCCUCUCAAUGAUAAGGAGCUUGCAAGAAAUGAUGUUUCGGACUGGGAAUGCAUUAAUGACACUACCAUCAUAUACAGGAGCAACCUUUCAGCUUCUGAAAGGUCCCUUUACCCAACAGCAUAUUCAUUCGACAGAGUAUUUAGGUCAGAUUGCUCAACAAGGCAGGUGUACGAAGAAGCAGCUAAGGAAGUUGCUCUUUCGGUUGUCGGUGGCAUCAACUCAAGCAUUUUUGCAUAUGGACAAACAAGCAGCGGAAAGACAUACACCAUGAGUGGUAUAACUGAAUACACUGUAGCAGAUAUUUUUAGCUACAUUGAAAAGCACAUGGAAAGAGAAUUCGUUUUGAAGUUUUCGGCAAUUGAGAUUUAUAAUGAAUCUGUCAGGGACCUCCUUAGUCCAGACUGUACUCCUCUCAGACUUCUUGAUGAUCCAGAGCGAGGGACUGUUGUUGAGAAACUGACCGAGGAAACUUUGAGAGACUGGAACCAUUUUACAGAACUUAUUUCUUUCUGCGAAACUCAAAGGCAGAUAGGGGAGACAUCACUGAAUGAAGCAAGCUCCAGAUCUCAUCAGAUUCUAAGACUGACAAUUGAAAGUUCUGCACGUGAAUUCCUUGGAAAUGACAAGUCUAGCUCUCUUUCCGCUUCAGUGAAUUUCGUUGAUCUUGCUGGAAGUGAGCGGGCAUCCCAAACCAAUUCAGCUGGCACAAGAUUGAAAGAGGGUUGCCACAUAAAUCGUAGUUUACUAACUCUAGGAACCGUUAUCCGCAAACUCAGUAAGGGGAGAAAUGGACAUAUUCCUUUCAGAGAUUCAAAGCUAACCCGCAUAUUGCAGUCCUCAUUAGGAGGCAAUGCUAGAACUGCAAUCAUCUGUACCAUGAGCCCUGCAAGGAGCCAUGUCGAACAAACCAGAAACACCCUCUUAUUUGCAAGUUGUGCUAAAGAAGUGGCAACUAAUGCACAAGUCAAUGUAGUGAUGUCUGAUAAAGCACUGGUCAAGCAAUUACAAAAAGAGCUGGCUAGACUGGAAAGUGAAUUGAGAAAUUCAGGGGCAGCCCGUCCUACAUUUGAUUCUGCAGCAUUAUUGACAGAAAAAGACCGCCAAAUUGAGAUGUUAAAGAAAGAGGUUAAAGAGGUGACUUUGCAGCGGGACCUUGCACACUCUCAAAUUAAGGACAUGCUCCAAGUGCCUGGAGUUGAUAUGUCUUCAAUGGAAGUGGAAAGUUUGGAUCGUCAGUAUCCCAAAUUACGUGUGAGAAAUUCAUGGGACUUUCAAAAUCAAAGACAGGAGCCAAAUGCAUUAAGUCUUGACUGCGAGGAGAGUGUCAGGUCUUUUAACGCAUCCCAAUAUUCAGAUGGACAUAGUUUUAGUUCUGAUGAGAACUUGUUCCAACUCCCUGACCUUGAAAAGAAUCUUCUGGUCAGAAGUUCUUCCCCAGGGCUGUCAGUUACAAGCAUUGAUGCUAUACGGAAUGAUCUGGAUCAGAAGAACAUUGAAGAUCAGCAUGAAGAGGACUGUAGUAAGGAAGUUAGGAGCAUUGAGUUAGAAGACCUAAUUACAAACACACAUACACACUCUAACCCCGCAGAUUUAAGAUCAAAUACAUACACCGAUUCUAAUGCAUCAUCUCCUUGUGCAAAUACAGCUAUCUCAGGAUUGGUUGCAGUUGAUAAUGAAGACACAAAAAAUAUGGAUUUGUCUUCAUCUGGGUUAAAGGAAGACAAAAGAUUGAACCAUUUACGCCUAGAUUUUGUUCUUCCCUCUCCAAAAAUAACUUCUCCUUGGCUGACAGAAAACAGUGCAAGUAGUUCUAGAAGCUUAAAGUUGAGCAGAAGUAGAAGUUGUAGAGCAAGUCUCAUGAGGAGUUUAUCCUCAUAUUGGUUUGAAGAGGAAGACGAAAUUCAGAACACCCCCCCAAUAGGGAAUGAGAAAGACUUUUCUGGAAGACCAGAGGGCUUUCAAUGGAAGGUUUAUGCACUAGAUUAUAAUGCCAAUUCAGAGAAACUGUCAAGGAAUGGCCAUGAGAAUUCUGUGGAAAGUUCUGCUGUUGAUGAUGUACAGAAUAUGAAAUCCUCCACUGAAAUGGAAAGUGAGAGUAAUGGUCCUUUAGCUUCAGAAAGAAUGGAAAAGGAAAGUCUUAAGAGCUUCAAUUUACUGGCUGAUCAUGAGGAUUCGGCGACAGGAUUGGAUCCCAUCAUGUCUGCAAAGGAUGUCAAAGAUGUUGGCUUGGACCCAAUGCAAGCUGAUGGAGAAAGUCUAUCAGACUGGCCUUCAAAAUUUAAUAGACUACAAAAAGAGAUAAUAGAACUCUGGGAUGCUUGUAAUGUUUCAUUGGUUCACAGAACUUACUUUUUCCUUCUAUUCAAAGGGGAUCCAUCAGAUUCUAUAUAUAUGGAGGUAGAGCUGAGAAGGCUAUCCUAUCUUAAGCAAACUUUUUCUCAAGGCAAUCAGACAGUGUAUGAUGGACGAACCCUUACCCCUGAGUCAAGCAUGAGAUAUCUUAGAAGAGAAAGGCAAAUGUUGAUCAAGCAAAUGGGGAGGAGGCUUUCUAAAUCUGAUAGGGAGAACCUAUACUUGAAAUGGGGCAUUCGUUUGAGUUCGAAGGAUAGGAGGUUGCAGUUGGCCAAUCGCCUCUGGACUAACACAGAAGACAUGGACCACAUUAGAGAGAGUGCAGCCAUUGUUGUAAAGCUGGUUGGUUCAGUAGAGCCAGAGCAGGCUAUUAAGGAGAUGUUUGGACUCAACUUUGCCCCAAGCCCCACAAGUAGGAAAUCUUUUAAAUGGACAGCCAGUAUGAGGCAUAUUUUGUGAGUUUGGAUUACUUUUUAGGUAGUUUUUUAUAGCCAUGUAAGGAUUUCCUGGCUCUAUAUAUAACAUAGAUAAUUCCUUUUCCCCCCUAUUUUAGAAACAAUUGAUUUCUGUUGUGUUUCUAACUCUGAUUGCUAUUGAUUGUAAAGUGGUUUU